AUGUCAGGGCUUUGGCUUGCACGGAGGCCCGUAGUCUCUUUCAGAAGGGCAUGUCUCUCCCUCAGUUCAACACGAUUCGCUUCCAUCAUUCGCAAGCCCGACUCAGGCCAUUCUCCCGGAGCAUCCAACAGAACCAAGCUGCCGGAUGAGCCUGCCAGGACGCGCUUCGCUCCGUCACCGACUGGAUACCUUCACUUGGGGUCUCUGAGGACUGCUUUGUUCUGUUACCUGUUAGCCCGAGCGACCAACGGCCAAUCUCUUCUGCGACUUGAGGACACGGAUCAGAGUCGAAUUGUUGGAGACGCGGAGAGCCGCUUAUAUGAGGACCUGCGCUGGGCUGGUCUGUCUUGGGAUGAAGGUCCGGAUUGUGGAGGCCCAUACGGCCCCUACAAACAAUCAGAGAGGCUACCUAUCUACCGAGAGCACGCGGAUAGACUCUUAGAGCAAGGCCACGCUUUCCGGUGUUUCUGUUCUCACGAGGAUCUAGCUGCUCAUCAGAAGGAAUCCCUCCAGUCUGACGGCAGCGGCGGGUUGUAUCCAGGAACAUGCUUGAACAUCUCAGCAGAAGAAUCUGCCGAGAGGGCAGCUAGAGGUGACCCACACACGAUCAGAUUCAAGAGCAGUGACACCCCAGCAGAGGUCCGAGACAUCAUAUACGGGCUGUACAGGAAGAAGAAUGUCGAAGACCACUUCAUCAUCAUCAAGACUGAUGGGUUUCCCACCUACCAUUUCGCCAAUGUGGUGGACGACCAUCUGAUGAAAAUUACUCAUGUCAUUCGCGGCGCGGAAUGGUUGAUCUCCACGCCCAAGCAUGUGGAGCUCUACAAUGCCUUUGGGUGGAAGCCUCCCAAGUUUGUCCACGUCGGUCUGCUUGUCGAUGCGAACCGCCAGAAGCUGAGUAAACGUAACAUGGACAUCGGUAUCGACUCGUAUCGAGACGCCCACAUCCUCCCUCCAGCGCUACUCAACUUUGCCGCGCUCCUGGGCUGGAGCCCGAGCAACCCACCCCGGAAAGGCGUGAUGACGCUUGAUGAGAUGGUCGAGAACUUCUCUCUGAGAUUCACAAAAGGCGACAUUGUCGUCAAUAUGGAAAAGCUUGCAUUCUUCCAGAAGAAACACUGUCAGCUGCUUUUGCAGGACAGCACCCGCAAUACCAAGGUCAUCAAUGACUUUAUGGUGGCUCCGUUGGCGAAGAGGAUUCGAGAAGUGCAAAAGUCGCAACAAGAACCCGACAGUACAGCUUCAGCACAGUGUCUAGGGGCCAUGCUGGCAGACCUAGUUCCAUCACUGGGCUCUCCCCUGGCGCAGAUGACAGGGUCUGAGAGCGAGGUCGAGGAUUAUGUCUUUCGCCUUAUCAAAAGCUCGAGAGGAUACGCAAUGGAUGUCGACGAGACCAUUGCAUCAAACAGGUACCUCCUGUGGCGGAUUCCGACAGAGACUUUGCAAACAACAUACAAGACCAUGAUGGGCCCGACCAAGAGCAUUGCUCUAGAGUCACAAGAGACCGCUCCCGCUCAGCUCGUCGACCAUUUCAUACGACGAUUCGACAAGAUUGACGGCCAGAGUUGGGACACAGUAGAGCUUCAGCGUGCUGUCGACGAUACUGUCAAAGGCAAGAAGAUUGUCUUCGAGGUAGAAGGCACGGACGGGGGGGUAGAUGGGGGUUGGAAAUUCCUGCGCUGGGCACUUCUCGCGUCGGACCCCGGUCCGCAAAUGGUGCCUUUGCUGGAGCUUCUCGGAAAGCAGGAGACUAUGCGUCGUCUUAAAGCUGCGCAGGAGAUCAGCGUCAGUUAA